AUGGAAAAUUUCACGUCAAAUCCUUCUGCCUUGCUUGGUCAAUUUGCUACUUAUCUUCAACAACAUGGUUCAUCUGGAAAUAUAACUCAGAAUAGUGGUGUAAGUCAAACUGAUGCUCAUGCAAAUAUUGCUACAAAUCCAUCGGCUCUUCUUAGCCAUUUUGCGUCAUUUCUUCAACAUUUGGGCAAAUCAGAGAAUUCUCCUCUUGAUGGAACUGUCACUUCAGGCACCAACGGAGACGCAAUCUGUUUCUGUGGCAAAUGGUAUGAAUGUUCAGGAUCGAGUCACAUUAAGGACGAUUGUUCAAAGCCAAACCAGCAAAAGCAAGCAAACUCAUGUGCUGAUCACCUUUUUGACCAAGAACCCUUACCCAUUCUUUCCACUUCAAGCUUUGCUGAGAAAACAAGAAGCAAAAGUGGGUGGCACCUCACCCACAUGAAGAGUCUAGCUGCUUGA